CAGGAUUCGCUUUUUGGUAACAGUAUAAUUCCCGUGCUUCCGAGGUUUGAAAACAACGCUACCACGUUGCCAGCUGCCUCGAAUCCAAGUGUAAAAUAACCAAUGGCCUGUUUGAAACUGAAAAAGUUUGAACAGUUCCUUCAAACAGUCGACGGUUUUGAAAAUCCCAAGGUUACGCUAGAACAGUAGUCUCAUAUCGCUAGUCACAUGCUGUAUACUAUUCAAACCAACUACGAUGAUCUUGAAGGGAAGUUCGUGCUUGAUUUAGGUUGUGGAGCUGGCAUGUUGAGUGUGGGUUCAGCAUUGCUAGGGGCAGCUCACGUGGUUGGUGUAGAAGUUGAUGCUGAUGCUAUUGAGAUAUUCAAAAGUAACAUUGAAGGAUUUGAGCUUGAAAACGUCGAUUGCAUUCAAUGGGAUGUCUUAACACUUGAAGAUCUUGAUUUCAAUCGUUUAUUUGAUACUGUGCUGAUGAAUCACCUCUUAUUCACAACUCCUAUCUCUACCUCCCCGCGGUGCCGGCUGGGGUGCAAGUAACCUAAGCGGAGAUCG